GACUUCCAGCGUCCAAUAUCGGAAUAUUUUAGUCCAAUCAAGAAUAGUGCGCGCGACCAGCUCACGAUCUAUUGAACAGAUAUAAAAGAUAAUAGGGAAUUAAAGUAACGAUAAAAGUAACGGCUGAAUUCGUUACCGUUACUGUAAAAAUGUAACGACGUUACCAUUACCGUUACAGACAUAAAAAAGUAACGAUCAUUACCGAAAAAAAGUAACGAAAAUGGUAACGGCGUUACAAGUAACGCGUUACUUCCCAACCCUGGCUUUUUCCUGCUGUGCCAUCUUAUAACCGUCCUUUCUUGCGGAGAAUUAGAUACUGAAUUUAGAAGGCACUGGUACAGACGUAACGAAACGUCCCCAAAUAUUGCUCGUAAAAGCUCAAGAGCAGAGAUAUGAUUGUUUCCACUAUAAAUAUUGGUAUCGGUUUGAAUACUUCUUAUUACGUUACAAAAUCCUAUUAUACAUUAAUCGAUCACGUAAAUUUUACACUAUAACAUUAAAAUACACGUUAAUACCUUAAAAAUCCUUAGCUGUAACAGAUUCGAUAUGAACUAUACUGUUCUCGUUACUUUACGACGCACUAUCUAUGCAAAAACUGUACUUAUAAUGCAAGAGAUAAAUUUUUGUUAACUCAUUCUUGUAUCGGCAGUACAAAUUAUUCUCAAGCGAACGCCGGUAAGUAUAAAUAGUAGAAAAACUUAUCUAUGUGCAAGCCUCUUAAUGGAUUUCACUGAAGCCACUUUAUGUUAGUACUGUUCGAGCCGUCGAGGCAAGAACUCGCAGCCCAAAUCAGUAUUCUAAAUUAUUUUGUCAUAACUAGUCGCGUAUUCAAGUAAAAUGUCCCACGCUGAAGAUUCUCAGAGAUGGAUCGACGAAGUGAUGGCCAGGAUCAUCGAGAAUCUUGGACUGGACGUUGACAAAGCUCGAUACGAGUUAUCCAAGACUGUCAAUUUUAUUGCAACCGCCAUGUAUUAUGUACGUCUGCAAUUUAAGAAUAAGACAAACGAUCAGCACGAGGAACUGUCCGUGGUGCUGAAGAGACCCUUGAUAGAGAAACUUAGUCAGAUGAUUCGCAUCGACCUUCAAUUUCACAACGAGAUUCUAUUCUAUCAAAUGUACGUCCAACCGAACGAGAGGCAUCUUUAUGCAAGAUAUUACCACGUUGAUAAACAGCCGUCCAGCGAUUCUGUGAUCGCCCUAGAGAACGUCAACGAACGAGGAUACUAUUCUUGUUCGUACCCGUACAAUGCUCCUUUAGAAUACACAUUGGCGGCGAUGCGCGAGUUGGGACGAUUUCACGGCAAAGGAUACGUCAUGAAGGAACUGCAACCGCAAAAAUUCUCCGACAUCGUAGCGCGACUACAAGAGGUUCGAUUUGUGAAGACGGGGAACAUAUACGAGACCAUUUUGAAUGUUAAAGGGACUCGAGCGGUGGAAUAUCUUCGCAGACAAGGCUACGAUACAGUUUUCUGCGACAAGAUGGAAGCCUUGCUUUCAAACGGGUUUGACGAAGUGUUAAUGAAGACAAUGGGGCGGCUUGAACCUUUGUCUACGUUGUGCCAUGGCGAUUUUGUACUGCCCAAUAUUCUCUUCAAGACACUUGCGGGUGGGCAGUAUCACGCGAUGCUGGUCGAUUUCGCGCUUAUAACUUAUGCAACGCCCGUUGUCGAUCUAUCCACGUAUCUCUGCCUCUGCUGCACGAAUGAGGAGAGAAGAGAAAAAUUUUCCGACAUCAUGCACGCUUACCACGAUGCGCUAAUGGAACAUCUGCUGGCCGCUGGCAUUCGAGACACUGAGAAGUAUUCGUACAACGCUUUGUUGGAUGAUUUUAGGAGGGGUGCUCUCUUCGGUUUUCUUCUCGCAUGUCACUUUUUACCGGUGUUACUGGGUUGUCUCGAAUCAGAAGUAAUGGUACGAGAAAUAAUCAGUCUAGGUGCGUUGGAAAGUGCAAAGAAGCAGAAAUAUCUCGGUGGAGACGAAGUAUGUAAAAUACUUGCUGAUAUGUUGCUACAUCUGAGAGAUCUUGGCUGCUUGGAACACAUCUUAUAAUGUGAGAUAAUUUGCAGAAAAUA